UGUUGGGCGUUGAUUGAGUGAUCUGCGCUUUGUGUGAAGUGUUGGCUGAGUGUUCUAAGGACACCAUAAGUGUGUUAACCAGAAGAGGCCGUUGCUUUUAUGUAUAGUCCCUGAAAGCUGUGAAAUCUUCCCAGUUAUGCCAUCUCAUAGACACAGGCGUGACCGAACGGAGGUCAGCUGUUGUUUAAAAUAUGUUAUUUUUGGAUUUAAUAUAAUAUUUUGGUUCUUGGGAUUCUCCAUCCUGGCAAUCGGUGUGUGGGCAUGGUCAGAGAAGAACACAUUCAACAACCUCAGCAAGCUGACACACAUCCGAAUGGAUCCAGCUUUCAUGUUCAUCAUUGUUGGUGCCAUCACCUUCAUCAUCGGCUUCACAGGAUGUGUGGGAGCAUUGCGUGAAAACACCUGCCUCUUGGCAUUCUACGCUAUCUGCCUGGCGAUCCUGCUGCUGCUGGAGAUGACGGGCGGCAUCCUGUGCUUCAUCUUCAAGGACUGGUUCAAGGAGCAGGCCACCGAGGGCUUCCGCGCCUUCAUCGUCCACUACCGUGACGAUCCCGACCAGCAGAACCUCAUCGAUUGGAUACAGGAAGGCUGGCUGCACUGCUGUGGCGUGGAGGGCCCCAAGGACUGGGAUGGCAACCGCUACUUCAACUGCUCGGCUGUCGCCGUCGGCAGCAGCGAGGCCUGCGGCGUCCCCUUCAGCUGCUGCAUCCCAGAGGAGAAUGAGAUCAUCAGGAACAAGCAAUGCGGCUACGGCGUGAGAAGUCCUGAUUACGUAAGUGAUGACUUCACUCCUAGCUAUGACACAUUGUCAUAUGUCUGAUAAGGUGUCAGGCGUGAAAAGGGUUAUUGUGUGGGUGAUGAUAAGGCA